UAUUACCGUUUUCCCACAUUGUAUUUUGAAAAAUCCUUUUCGUAUAUAACUACAGGGGGCCUCUAGGGUUUAACGGGCCUCUACACACGCAGUGUUGUUCCUCUGCUCCUCUUUCCCGCCCUUACUGAUUCCUGUUUCCAAGCUUUCUCUGUUAGGGUUGCGGAAGCAGCAUCAGAAUCACAAAAUCCGCGAUGGUGUCCCCAAGGAAACUCCUAUCAACGAUCGAAUCCACUCUCCUUGGCCCGUCGCCUCCCUCACCGGCGCAGAAGGUCGAUCUUAUGCACGCACUUCGAAGCUCCUACUCCUCCCUCCAGUCCCUUCUCUCCUACCCGCCUCCGAAGCCCUCAGACCGUUCGCAAGUGCAAUCAGGAGAGGUUAGGCUGCCGGAUUCGCCACCGAUAUCACUUGACGAUCAGGAUAUACAGAUUGCCCUGAAAUUGAGUGAUGAUCUGCAUCUCAAUGAAAUUGAUUGUGUUCGUUUGCUUGUUUCUGCCAACCAAGAGUGGGGUUUAAUGGGAAGAGAACCGUUGGACAUUUUACGCCUAGCAGCUGGGCUCUGGUAUAUGGAGAGGCGCGAUUUAAUAACAGCCUUGUAUACGUUAUUAAGAGCUGCUGUGCUUGAUCCAGGGCAAGAACCUGAUCUUAUGGCUGACAUCCAGAAUCUUCUGGAGAAUCUUAUCAAUUCUGGGCUUAGACAGCAAUUGAUGUCUCUGAUAAAGGCACUCAAUCGGGACGAACCAGCUGGCUUAGGCGGGCCCCUUUGUGAGAAUUAUGUCCUUGAUGCUCGAGGUGCUCUUGUUGCGCGGCGAGCUGUGGUCAGUAGGGAAAGACUGAUACUUGGACAUUGCCUUGUCCUCUCUGUUCUGGUUGUGCGGACAAGUCCAAAAGAUGUAAAGGAUGCCUUUUCUGCUUUGAAAGAUAGUGCUGCUGAACUUAGUGAGAGCAAUGACAUUAUAAAGCGUCAGAUCACAUUUAGUCUCCUUUUUUCUCUUGUCAUUGAUUUUAUAUCAGACGCUCUGAGUGCGGCACCUGAUAAAUUAUCCGUUUUAUCUCAAGACGCUUCAUUUAGGAAAGAAUUCCAUGAAAUUGUGAUGGCUUCUGGAAGUGAUCCAAUUGAGGAGGGUUUCAUUGGUUGUGUAAGGCUUGCUUGGGCGGUUCAUUUGAUACUAAUACAUGAUGGGACGGCUGCUAGCACAACGUCAAAUGAUUUAGGUUACAUAUAUUCGUGCCUGGAUAUGAUUUUCUCGAACAAUGUCUUUCAGUUUUUAAUGGAUAAAGUUCUUUGUACCUCAGCCUACCAGAAUGACGAUGAGGAUAUGAUCCACAUGUAUAAUGCUUAUCUGCACAAACUGAUCACUUGCUUCCUGUCACACCCUCUUGCUAGGGACAAGGUUAGAGAAUCAAAGGAGAAGGCUAUGAGCUUGCUUAAUUCAUAUCGUAUGGCUGGCGCACAUGAUAUCAUGCAUGAUGCGAGCUUGCAAUCUGAAACGGCUGUUGAAAGUGGACCAUUACCGUUUGUCUCUCUGCUGAAGUUUGUGAGUGAGGUUUAUCAGAAGGAACCAGAUCUGUUGUCUGGGAAUGAUGACUUGUGGACAUUCGUGAAUUUUGCUGGAGAGGAUCAUACUAAUUUUCAAACACUAGUGGCUUUCUUGGAAAUGCUAAGUACCUUGGCAUCCAAUCAAGAAGGUGCUUCUAAGGUUUAUGAGUUACUUCAGGGUAAAGCUUUCCGCUCUGUUGGGUGGGGUACUUUAUUUGAUUGCUUAUCAAUUUAUGACGAGAAGUUCAAACAAUCCCUUCAAACUGCUGGGGCCAUGUUACCAGAGUUUCAAGAGGGGGAUGCAAAAGCACUUGUUGCUUACUUGAAUGUUCUACAAAAGGUUAUGGAAAAUGGCGAUCCCAAUGAAAAAAAGAACUGGUUUGAUGAUAUUGAACCAUUAUUCAAGCUUCUAAGUUAUGAAAAUGUGCCUCCUUAUCUAAAGGGUGCAUUGCGGAAUGCAAUAGCUACAUUCGUUACUGUCUCUCCUGUCCUAAAAGAUACUAUAUGGAGAUUUCUUGAGCAGUAUGAUCUGGCUGUAGUUGUUGGAAACAGUUCACAGCCGAUCUCAGGACAGGUUUAUGAUAUGCAGUUUGAGUUGAAUGAAAUAGAAUCAAGGCGGGAACAGUAUCCCUCAACGAUUUCUUAUCUUAAUCUGUUAAAUGCUCUUACUGCUGAGGAAAAAGAUGUAAGCGAUAGAGGACGUAGAUUCAUUGGCAUCUUUAGAUUCAUUUGUGAUCAUGUGUUCGGGCCAUUUCCUCAAAGAGCAUAUGCAGAUCCUUGCGAGAAAUGGAAGCUGGUUGUUGCUUGUCUGAAGCAUUUUCAUAUGGUAUUGAACAUGUAUGACAUUCAAGAUGAGGACAUAGACAGCGCUGUCGACCAAUCACAGGUUUCUGCCGUGGCAUACCAAACUCCGUUACAGAUGCAGCUCCCUGUCUUGGAGUUGCUGAAGGAUUUCAUGAGUGGCAAAACUAUUUUUAGGAAUAUCAUGGGUAUUCUUACACAAGGCGUUGAUGCAAUUAUUGGUGAACGAACUAGUCAAACAUAUGGGCAAUUUCUAGAGAAGGCUGUGCAGCUUUCCUUGGAAAUUAUCAUCCUUAUCAUGGAGAAGGACUUACUACUUUCUGAUUACUGGCGUCCUUUAUACCAGCCUUUGGAUGUUGUUCUGUCUCAGGAUCAUAACCAAAUUGUUUCUCUGUUAGAGUAUGUCCGAUAUGAUUUCCUGCCUCAAAUUCAGCAAUGCUCAAUCAAAAUCAUGAGCAUCUUAAGUUCUCGCAUAGUUGGGCUUGUACAGUUGCUUCUAAAAUCCAAUGCUGCAACCAGUUUGGUUGAGGACUAUGCAGCAUGCCUUGAGUUACGUACAGAAGAGUGUCAGAUUAUAGAGAACAACAAUGAUGAUCCUGGUGUCCUGAUUAUGCAGCUUCUAAUAAAUAACAUUAGUCGGCCAGCACCAAAUAUCACACAUCUACUGCUUAAGUUUGAUCUUGAUACCCCAGUUGAGAGAACAGUUUUACAGCCAAAGUUCCAUUACAGUUGCUUGAAGGUCAUUCUUGAAAUCCUGGAUAAGCUUUCAAAGCCAGAAGUUAAUGCACUUCUUCAUGAGUUUGGUUUUCAGCUGAUUUAUGAGUUGUGCUUGGAUCCACUAACAAGUGGUCCCACCAUGGAUCUGUUGAGCAAUCAAAAAUAUGUUUUCUUUGUGAAGCACCUUGGCACAAUUGGUGUGGCUCCUCUUCCUAAGCGAAAUAGCAACCAGGCACUUCGCAUCAGUUCUCUGCAUCAGAGAGCGUGGUUGUUGAAGCUUUUAGCUAUUGAAUUGCAUGCUGGUCAUGCAAGUAGCUCAGCUCACCGGGAAGCAUGCCAGAGUAUAUUCACGCAUCUUUUUGGACAUGGACUUGAAAUUGGAACUGGUCACUUCGCAUCUGAUUCCAUGAUUCCUCAAAAUGGUGUGAAUCAGGCUGGAGCCAGAGCGGUCAUUAAGAGUAAGGUGUUAGAAUUGCUAGAGAUUCUUCAGUUCAGAACACCAGACGCCACUACGAAGCUUUCUCAGUUUGUUUCUAAUACGAAAUAUAGCUCACUGGCAGAAGAAAUACUCAGGGAUCCAAUUUCUUCCGGAAAGGGUGGUAUUUAUUGUUAUUCAGAACGUGGUGAUCGCCUAAUUGACCUUCCGUGCUUCCGUGACACACUCUGGCAGAAAUUCAAUUCUGUUUAUCCUCUGCUAAGCAACGUUGGCAGUGAGGCUGAAUUGAAUGACGUGAGGGAGACGAUUCAACAGUUGUUGAGAUGGGGUUGGAGAUACAAUAGGAACCUUGAGGAACAUGCGGCCCAACUUCAUAUGUUAACUGGAUGGUCACAGAUUGUUGAGGUUUCUGUAUCUAGAAGAAUAUCGACACUCGAGAAUCGAUCUGAGAUUUUAUAUCAAAUUCUUGACGUCUCUCUUAGCUCCUCUGCUUCUCCAGAUUGUUCUUUGAGGAUGGCAUUUGUAUUGACUCAGGUUGCACUUACUUGCAUGGCAAAACUACGCGAUGAAAGAUUCUUAUGCCCGGGUGGUUUAAACUCUGACAGUGUCACAUGUCUUGAUAUUAUCCUGGUGAAGCAAUUGUCAAAUGGCGCAUGCCACUCCAUACUGUUUAAGCUCAUUAUGGCAAUACUUAGACAUGAAUCGUCUGAAGCAUUAAGGAGACGCCAAUACGCAUUGCUGCUUAGCUAUUUUCAGUAUUGUCAGCAUACGCUUGAUCCAGAUGUCCCAACAACAGUUCUGCAGUUCUUGUUGCUUGAUGAACAAGAUGGUGGAGAUCUAGAUCUUCAGAAGAUUGACAGAGAACAGGCAGAGCUGGCUCGUGCCAAUUUUUCCAUAUUAAGAAAAGAGGCUCAAGCAAUCUUGGAUUUGGUGAUAAAGGAUGCAAAUCAAGGCAGUGAACCAGGGAAAACAAUAUCUCUCUAUGUUCUGGAUGCAAUAAUUUGUAUUGAUCAAGAGAGAUAUUUCUUAAGCCAGCUUCAAGCUAGGGGAUUUUUGCGGUCUUGCCUUACAAACAUCAGUAACAUUUCCCUUCAGGAUGGUGGGCAUACACUGGAGUCGUUGCAGCAAGCAUGUACUCUUGAGGCCGAACUUGCUCUACUAUUGAGGAUUAGCCACAAGUAUGGCAAAUCUGGGGCCCAGAUUUUGUUUUCGAUGGGUGCACUGGAGCAUGUUACUUCGUGCAAGGCAGUCAAUUGGCAGGGAAGUUUGAGGCGAUUUGAUUCGAAAUUUAGAAGAGAUAUUGCUAUGGAGGUUGAGAGACAGCGGAUGAUUGUAACCCUUAUAUUUAGAUUGGUGUUUUCCUUGACUUCAUUGGUUGAUACUUCUGAUAUUUUUGAGGUGAAGAAUAAAAUAGUUCGUGAAGUCAUAGAUUUUGUCAAAGGACAUCAAUUGCUCUUUGAUCAAAUUCUUCGCCAAGACAUUUCUGAAGCUGAUGAAUUGACGAUGGAGCAGGUUAAUCUCUCUGUUGGUGUACUUAGCAAGGUUUGGGCAUAUGAAGAGAAUGAUGAAUUUGGCUUUGUUCAAGGGCUUUUCGCAAUGAUGCUUUCUCUCUUCCCUAAUGAUCUAGAGGCUCCUGCUUUUUCCCCGCGUCGACAAACUCUUGAGAAUCAGAGGAAGUCAGAACUGGAUUCCUUUCGGUUAUGCUUCAGCCUAAGCUCUUACCUAUAUUUUCUGGUCACAAAGAAAUCUCUCAGGCUACAGGUCUCAGGCAGCCCUGUUGAUUACCAUGCUCCUGCCAGACUUCCACAACCUACAUUGACGUCACUUGUUUCUCUUCUUAGUUCCGUCACAUCUGCGCUUGAAAGAGCAGCUGAGGAGAAAUUCUUAUUACUGAAUAAGAUCCGAGACAUAAAUGAACUCUCAAGACAGGAGGUUGAUGAGAUCAUCCGUAUGUGUGCUCGACAAGAUUAUGGCUCUGCAUCUGAUGAUAUACAGAAAAGGAGGUAUAUUGCAAUGGUUGAAAUGUGCCAAGUGGCUGGCAAUCGAGAUCAAUUAAUUACCUUAUUACUUCCACUAGCAGAAUUUCUGCUAAAUAUCAUCAUCAUACAUUUUAAAGAUAGAUCUAUAUCAAGUCCUGGUGGAAAUAUGAAAUCACUCACAAAUACCUCCAGGUUGGAAUCAGAACAGGACAUUUCUGUGUUAUGUGGGAUGUUGCUUCCAGCCUUAGAACAACUUGAGUUAUUAAGCGAGGAUAAAGCAUGCCACAAUCUGAAGGUGUUCAAGAGACUUGUAACUUCACUCAAAGAAACGACAAUACUAAAGCUGGCUGUUUGAGAUGACUUAAGCUUACUUUUCAGUUCACACUAAUGACAUGUUCUCCACCUGAAAGUGUGUCGGCAUUGGUAUGGUUUUAUAAAUAUAGAAUAGAGUAUAACUUGUAUGUGAUCAUGUAUUAUUUGUUCAGUGACUAACCAUUUUAGGUUCUAUCUUUAUAUGUAAAAGUGGUUUUAUCUUUAAAUGUAAAACCAUUGGUUGAGUGACAAUGAUUUUGCAUGUCCUUGACUUAGGUCAUAGGUUCUAGUCUCAUUUCCUCCUGAAUAUUUACAAGGAGGUGUGUGGGCUUAGUCGGCCCCUGUGGGCUUGGUUUGUGCCUCCUGCGUGGGGUCUGUUGACACCUGUACUUUUCUAGGCUUGAUCUGAUGGUGUAUCGUAUAUUGUAUUUGUAUUUGUACUCGAUCUGAUGGUGUCGUAUAUUGUA